AUGAAAGACAAUUUCCUCAUCGACCCAUACGAGGAGGAGUUGAAGGAAGAUAAGAGGCGCCGCAAGGAAAUGGAGAAGAUGAAGCAGCAUUGGGAGAGGCACGAUGUAUCUCCUUAUCUAAAAUUUAAACACGAUUUCGAUACUCAACCCGGAAGUAGGUACUUCACCUGCACUAAAUUUAAGGAUGAUGGACUCUACUUUCGUCAGCCAUGGGUUUUCAGAGUCGAACAAGAGAUUGAGAAGCUAGUUACGAAAGUUGAUGAGCAGAGCAAGACGAUUGAAAAAAUGCGAAAACAGAUUCAGAUCCAAACCGAAGAGAUAGCCAAGCUCAAUUUUUCAAUGGCGGCUACUAGUAUUACUAAUGUUACUUAG